AUGGCAGAAUCAGCAGCUAAGCGCGUCAAGACCUCGGGCAACGGCCCCCUCAUUGGUACUCACAGCGGCCACUUCCACGCUGAUGAGGCCCUCGCCGUCCACAUGCUUCGUCGGCUUCCUACAUACCGCGACGCCGACCUCGUCCGUACCCGCGACCCUGCUGUCCUAGCUACCUGCCACACCGUCGUCGAUGUCGGUGGAGAGUACGAUGCUGAGAAGCGCCGCUUCGAUCACCACCAGCGAGGCUUCAACACCACCUUCCCUGGCCGCCCAACAAAGCUUUCUAGUGCAGGUCUGGUCUUCCUGCACUUUGGCCGUGCCAUCGUUGCUGAGCGCCUCGGACUGUCCGAUGAUUCUCCCGAUGUCGAUUUGAUCUACAAGAAGCUGUACGAGAACUUUGUUGAGGCCCUUGAUGCCCACGAUAACGGUAUCUCUGUCUACGACCCCGCUGCCAUUGCCGCUGCUGGCCUUGAGAAGCGUUUCAGCGAGGGCGCCUUCGGUCUCGGUGCCGUUGUCGGACGCCUGAACCCCAAGUGGAACGACCCAACUCCCUCCGACCCUGCUGAGGCUCAGGCUGCUGAGGAUGCCAAGUUCAACGAGGCCAGCAGCCGCAUUGGUCAGGAGUUCGACCGUGAUCUCGACAACUAUGCCGCUUCGUGGCUACCUGCCCGCACCAUUGUCCAGGAGGCAUUCAACAAGCGCAAACAAUACGAUGAGCAGGGCCGCAUCCUAAUUCUCGAAGGCCAGUCUGUCCCCUGGAAGGACCACCUGUACACUCUCGAGGAUGGCACCCCCUCCGUCAUCUACGUUCUGUACGCCGAGAAGCCUGAGCCUGGUGCCAAGUGGCGCAUCCAGUGCGUGCCCGAGAGCAAGGACUCCUUUACGAGCCGAAAGCCACUCCCUGAGGCUUGGAGAGGCUUCAGGGAUGCUGAGCUCGAUGGCAUCAGCGGCAUUCCUGGCUGCGUGUUUGUCCACGCGGCUGGCUUCAUCGGUGGAAACAAGACCUUUGAGGGUGCCAAGGAGAUGGCGACCAAAGCCCUUGAGGGUUAA